AACAUUUUCUUAUAGUUGGUCAGCCUGUAUUGAAAGAAAACUAACCUGUAGACGUUAACCCUGUCACAUCAGAUAAUUUUCUGAUCCACAGUUUUCGUUUGAUGAGAAAUUUCUCUAUUGUACCAAUAGUUUAAAGGAAAUUUAACGAAAAUGAAAUUCAGAUUCCUAGGUGACGGAGAUUGUCCGGAUUGGUUGCUAGCGGAGAUCAACACGUUGUCGCGUAUGACGUCUAUAAAAAUCAAAAUACUAGGACAGGCGGUCGCGAAAUAUCUUACGGAAGGGGAACUCGAUGAAGAGAAAAUUAAGAAAAUCACUCAAGACGCUAAACUCGAGGUGAACGACGCAAAAGCAAUGGUAGCUGCGCUCGAGCUGAUGCUAACAUCCUCCGCUCGUUAUGGCGUAUCCGCGACGGAUUUGAGCAGCGAAUUGCAACAACUCGGACUUCCUCGCGAGCAUAGCGCCGCGAUCGCUAGAUUGUACAUGGAUUAUUCUCCCCGAAUCACGGCUGCCCUUUCCUCGCAGUCUUUAAGAGUUAGUCGAUUGUCGUCGAUUCAAGUUGUAUCUUGUGACAAUUCAUCACCGAUUUCGACGGUGUCUUUAAAAUUAAAAAAAUUGGAUGGAUGCGAUGAAAACUCUACCAUUAAUAUUUCAAAAGACGAUGUACAGGUUCUAUUGGCAGAAUUACGCAUGGCAAAACUCUAUAUAGAAAGUCUUUAAACGUUGUACUCGUUACUUUAUACUCUUAUAAUUAUAAUAUGGAACAAUAUAAAUACGUUCGAAGAUGAU